AUGGCGUCUACGUACAUUUCACCGGAUUUGAAUCAUGUCGGUACUAGCCAUGCUGAUGGUUACUUAGCUAUAUGGAAGGUUGAUGAUAACAUCGUCGAAAUAAUUGAUUUUGGUAAAGCAUUAGACAAAGAAAAAGAAAGAGCACGGAAAGCGAAGGCAGCAGCCGAGCAUAACCGAAAGAAAUACGCUGACGCAAAAGAUACAAUAGACGAAAAACUAAAGAAAGAAGAAUUAAAUAAGUCCGUCUCGUUAAUUGGAUUAUCAAACAAUAAAUUAAUGAUCUGUGAUGUUGAGAAUCCAUUUAUACAAAAUAUGGAAACUUUUAAAGAGAUAUCGAUAAGACCUCAUCCAACUAAAGAAAGUUUUUUACGAUUUCUUCCAAAUGGAGAUCUUUUAUUGCUACUAUUUCCGUAUAUUUAUAUAUAUUCAGAAGCAUCCUUAAGAAAUUCAACAAAUUCACCGUGUUCAUAUAUAUCAAGACAUUAUCUUUGGGGAGUAGAAGAGAUCAAGAUUGAUCAUAAAGUUCAAAUGUAUAAAAGAAUGUAUUUCACUCUCGAAGAUCAAAAUGUCUUGCUUCAAUUAAAUUUUGAAACGAUGAGCAUAGAAAAUUAUUAUAACAUUUUAGCAAUUACUGAAAACAUUGUUAUUGGUUCCAGGGAUUGUGAAUGGAAAAUAGCGGUGAAUAGCGAAGAAAGUUUAAUCGCAAUACAUUUAAGAUCGGGAGAAGGAAUAUCUUGGAUACAUGUAUUUUCAACGAAGAACGGCCUUCGGAUUUCAUCAAAGGAAGGCAAUUUUAACAUUUCAGAAAUGCAAUUUAUUACCACCAACGAUACUGAAAUUUUGGUAUUAUUUGAACUUUGUGUAAAAGUCACUUACACGAUGAUGAAUCCUUAUGACCUUUCAUACGAGUUUAAGCGUGUAUUUGAAUUUCAAAUACCUGAUGAGAUUGCAAGUUACAAGAUUGUCAAAGCUUCUUCAUCGCAAUGUAAAUUUAUGUUGCUUACUAUUGAAAAUCAAAUCAAAAUGGUCGACUUUAAGUGCAUUUUUGGGGAAAUAUAUGAUAAGGACCCAUAUCAAGUUAUUGAUUCGAGCUUCAAAGACAUCAAAAAACCUUGCGACAAUUUGAGAAAAGGGAAAAAAUUAACAUGGCAAACAGAAUUGAAAGGUUUAAAAGUUUUAAAAGAUGGUUAUAUGGAUCAUAUCGACUUUGAUCGAGAUUUUAAUUUGCAAAAACAUAAAAUUUUAAGUAAUGAAGAUAUAGUACUUUAUUCUGAUAAUAAGAUUUAUAUUUUUGGUUUUAACGAAAAAACAAAUACCAUUAUACCUAGAUAUUAUCAUAAUAAUUUUGAAGUAUUUUGUGAGAGUGAAAAUCUUCCAUUACCAAGCAUAACGCAUUUAAAUGAAUUACCAUUCCAGAAAUUCCAGAAUAAAUCGGAUUUGGUUUGUGAAAUUCUUAGUUCUAGAAAGAAUCUCAUAGAAAUGAGUGAUGACAUUAUUGACCAUGCUGUGAAUCAGAAGGGAAUCGAAACGUUGGAGAUUUGCCUUAACAAAUUAUAUGAAACGAUUUCUGCCGAUAUUAUUACGAAUUUUAGAUUUUGUAGUCUUAUCACAAAAUAUUUGAAUAAAUUGAAUAUAGUUCCUUAUUAUUACUCAAAAUUCCUUUUUAUUACGUGUUUUAUUCCGAAUCCAUAUGUGAAUAAAUCUUAUUUAUCUGAUAGAAAUAAGUUGGGAUUUGCAACUUAUCCUACCGAAUAUAACUUUUGGAUGGAAAUCUUAAGGCCAAGUGAUAACCCAUUCGUCACUUUGGAUGACAAAGCAUUUUAUGAUAGUUGGAAUGCUGAGGCAUUACUUAAUUUCAAAUGGAAUUCAUUUGGAAAAUUUUAUUAUUUUCUUUCUUGGGUAUUAUUUACUAUUUUCUUGCUCUCUUUCGGAAUUGGAUCAACCUUGUCUCCACCUUAUAUGUCAGAUGAUACAAGAAAUGUUUUUUUAAGAAUCAGCAUUAUUUUUGGUGUAUUUCAUGUUUUUCAUGAAGUUAGACAGAUUAUUUGGAAUUGGUACAGAUAUUUUACAGAUUUAUGGAAUUGGUUUGACCUUUUCGCAUAUAUUGUCCCAGUGUUUACCGCCAUCAUGUGGUUAAAUCAUGAAAAACCUUCAUUGCGACUGAUUUCUAUAUCAAAUCUAUUUUUACACUUUAAAUUUAUAAUAUUUUUGCGAGCAAUUGAUUAUUUUGGCUCUAAUUUUACCAUUAUUAUUGGUGUAGCUAAAAGGAUAUUCUCUUUCUUACUGAUCUUAUUGCUUAUUAUCAUUGGCUUUGCACAUGCGUUUUUCAUUAUUUUGACUCCAAAAGAGGAUUACAAUUUGAUUGUACCUUCCAAUAAUGACGAUCCAAAUAAUCCUUGGAAUCUUGUUACGAAAUAUCAGUCAGUUUCAAAUGGCAAAAUUCUUUCAGAGACAGCUUUUAGUCAACAACCUGAUUCUAAAUCAAAUCAAUUUACCACUUAUAAAACCUCACUCUUGGCCAUGUAUUUGUUUUUAACUGGAGAUUCAUCAGCAAUUAGCUCAUGGACAUACCAGGAAAAUCCAUUCUUGACAGUGCUGUUAAUUAUGUUUUCAUUCUUGGUUGUAGUUUAUCUAAUGAAUUUAUUCAUUGGAUUGCUUAAUUUAGAAAUUGAAGGAAAUCGAACACAUUUCCUGUUUGUACUACAAAAAGCAAAAGUUUUGGCUGAAAUUGAACUUUUUUAUCUGUUUCCAAAUCAACGGAGGUGGAAUCAUUGGUUUCCGGAUACGAUCUUCUAUGAGAUACCAAUUGAAGAUGUUCAACAAAGACUUACAGAUAUAAGUCAUAACCCAGCAUUGAGUAAAGCAAUAUAUAUUUCUGAUAAAUUGAGAGAGUUGGCUGACUUGAAGGAUCAAAGUCAAAUGACAAAAGCUGAUUGUGAAUAUUUAAUAAACAAGAUGAAAGCUGACUAUGAAUCUUUAUUAAAAAAGACGAAAACUGAUAAUGAAGGUUCAAUGAAUAGAUUUAUGACCAAAGAUGAUUGGAAUAAUUCUAAACAAGAAUUUCUGUAUGAAAUUAAAAACCUUUUAAUUGAUAAAAGUGUUGAUGAAGAAAGUAGAAAAGAUAAUCAAAACACUUUAAUAUGA